UAAAAAGAACUCGUUAAGUUCUCUAAAUCCCAUCUGCCAACCACCUCCAUAUCCACCAUCUUUGAUAAGUGAUAUGGCUUCGAAUCCUCAUUCAAAUAAUGAGCAAGCCGAAACCAAGGAGAUGGACAUUAGAAGCCUGUCGUCAUCUCGGCGUCAGGUGCACAGUGAAUCCUAUCUUCACAAGGUGGCGGUUCCGCCUAAGCAAAACCUGUUCCGGGAAUUCACAGCCACCGUGAAAGAAACAUUGUUUGCUGAUGACCCUCUGCGUCCCUUCAAGCAUCAACCCAGGUCUCGAAAGUUCAUACUGGGAAUCCAGGCCAUCUUUCCCAUUUUUGAAUGGGGAAGGAGUUACACCUGGAGAAAAUUUCGUGGUGAUAUCAUUGCUGGACUCACUAUUGCCAGUCUCUGCAUUCCUCAGGAUAUUGGUUAUGCAAAGCUAGCAAACUUGGAUCCGGAGUAUGGACUUUACUCCAGCUUUGUUCCUCCAUUGAUUUAUGCCUUUAUGGGAAGUUCAAGAGAUAUCGCCAUUGGACCAGUCGCAGUGGUAUCUCUUUUAUUAGGGACUAUGCUUUCAAAUGAGAUCGACCCUAAGAAAAACAAAGCCGAGUAUCUGCGGCUUGCAUUUACUGCUACCUUUUUUGCAGGCAUCAUUCAAGCAACUCUCGGUGUUCUUAGGUUGGGCUUCUUGAUUGAUUUCCUGUCCCAUGCUGCCAUCGUCGGUUUUAUGGCCGGAGCUGCCGUCACAAUUGCCCUUCAACAGCUUAAGGGACUUCUCGGUAUAAAAGAUUUCACAAAGAAUCCAGAUAUUGUUUCUGUAAUGCAAUCUGUAUGGGGCAACAUCGAUCAAUGGAACUGGCAGACAAUAGUCAUUGGAGUUUGCUUUUUAUCCUUCCUUUUGUUCGCGAAAUACAUUGGAAAAAAGAACAAGAAAUUCUUCUGGGUGCCUGCAAUAGCUCCUUUGAUAUCUGUUAUUAUCGCCACCUUUUUCGUUUUCAUAACACGUGCAGAUAAGCAAGGAGUUGCCAUUGUGAAGCACAUUAAGCAAGGAAUCAAUCCCUCAUCUGUGAAUCAAAUUUACUUCAGUGGUGAAUAUCUUACGAAAGGUAUAAAGAUCGGUGUCGUGGCUGGUAUGGUAGCAUUGACGGAAGCUGCUGCCAUUGGAAGAACUUUUGCUUCAAUGAAAGAGUAUCAAAUAGAUGGAAACAAAGAAAUGAUGGCAAUAGGAGCUAUGAAUAUAGUAGGUUCAAUGACUUCCUGCUAUGUUGCCACGGGUUCAUUUUCUCGAUCUGCAGUGAAUUUCAUGGCAGGAUGCGAAACUGCAGUCUCUAAUAUCGUUAUGUCCUGUGUUGUAUUUUUAACCCUGGAAUUCAUAACACCUCUUUUCAAGUACACCCCAAAUACCAUCCUCGCUGCCAUCAUUAUAAAUGCCGUGAUCGGGCUUUUCGAUGUUCCGGCAGCAAUUUUGAUAUGGAAGAUUGAUAAAUUUGAUUUUGUUGCAUGCCUGGGAGCCUUUCUUGGAGUCGUCUUUCGAUCGGUUGAGAUUGGCCUCCUAAUUGCUGUCAUAAUAUCCUUUGCUAAAAUCCUCUUACAAGUUACUAGGCCUCGAACUGCUCUUCUUGGUAAGAUCCCUAGGAGUACUGUGUACCGAAAUAUCCAACAAUAUCCUGAAGCAACUAGAGUUCCUGGUGUUUUGAUCGUUAGAGUUGAUUCUUCUAUUUACUUUUCCAACGCUAAUUAUGUCAGGGAGAGGAUAUUGAGAUGGUUAAUGGAUGAAGAAGAGCAAGUAAAAGCUGCAUGUCAACCAGCAAUCCAGUUUUUGAUAAUUGAGAUGUCACCUGUAACUGACAUUGAUACCAGUGGCAUCCAUGCCAUGGAAGAACUACACAAGAGUCUUCAGAAAAAGAAUAUUCGGCUGGUUCUGGCAAAUCCUGCCCCGGUGGUGAUCGAAAAGCUUCACUCAUCGAAAUUCACCGAUAUAAUCGGCGACGACAAUAUCUUUCUAACUGUUGCUGAUGCCGUGUCAUCGUGUUCUCCGAAAUGGGUGGAAGAAGAAGUAUGAAGAAUGAAAAGGAAAUGGUGGUUAAUGCAUGAUAGCAAAGUGUGCAUGUAGAAGGGAGGGAUAGAUGGUGCAAUUGAAUAA